AUGUCGUCAGACUUGUGUUGUUUUUGCUUGGGUAAUGAUACCGAUAUUCCAUCCUUUGGCUCGGUAGCCGAUGCACAGGAUAUGCUAAAACCAUGUACAACUUGCUCCAUAUCUUGUCACCGCAAAUGUUUACUUGACUGGUUCAACACCAUCCCAUCGGAUCAGCUACAUAUUAUUCAAGCAAGAAAUGCUGGAAAUAUUACUCAACUAGCGAGACAGAAUGGUGCUCAUUUAGAGGACAUUGGGAUAGGUUCGCCGCCAAUGAAUUGGACAACAAAUAUUAGAAUAAAUUUAUCGUCCCAAGGACUAGAUGAUUUGAUUAGUAGCCUCACCGGUGGUAACGCGGGAGCUGGUGCAAAUACAGGGAAUAACGAAGAACCUCAUUACAACAUAGACGGCGAAAGAGAAGAUUUGGCAGAAGAAGAUUCUGCUUUUACCACUACUACUUCUACUACUACUGCUGCUGCUGCUAACCAAAGUAUUGUAACGAGAAAAGGAUACAAUCAAGUCGUAUAUAUCCUUGCUCUGUGUCCUCAAUGCAAGAAGGAUAUAGUAUUUGUGAUGAGAAGAUCCCAGCUCCUCUCUUUUCAUUCCUCGAUGAAGACGAUUGUUUCUAGGCUUGUUCAAUAUGGUGGUAUAUUUUUAGGCUUUACUUCUGCGGUUACAGGUGUUGUAUCCAUGGGUUAUAUUGGACUAACUACUGCAGGUUUGAAAAUGAUGGAUUGUAUGAUACCAGGCCCAUUACUAGUUCGAAUGCUAACUCGAAAAUCUUUGCUAAGCUCCAAAAGCACAUAUACUUCCUUAUCGAAAAUGUUGUUUGGUAAUACUGCUAGCUAUGCAGUGGACAACUUGGAGCAAGCACUAGUGCAAGGUUUGAUAGAUCCAUUGAAGUUUUCGCGUAUACCCGUUUUGCCGAUUGCAAUGUACAGACUGAGGUCAUCGUCAAUCCUUAAAGUUUUGCUUGGCGGGGUAGGGGAAGAUCCUCUCAGCGCUGCAGUAACAGAAUUUAUGGUAACAGGCUACAUAUCCUCCAUUGCUGAUCAUUCACUUGCUCGUUCUUUCUAUAAAAACAUCAAAUUGGACAUCUCUCGGCUUUUGAAAGGAUCUUUAAACAUUUCACAGAUUAAUCCUGUGAAAGGCAUUGACUUUUUUACCACCAACAAUAUAAUAUCUAUGCUCAUUCCGUUAAGGUGGGCCUAUGAUUUGUUAUACAGGUUAACGUUCAACCGGGCAUAUUUUAAUUUGACAAUGAAAUCAAGACCACGCGCUAUAGCCAACACCUUGGGUGCCGAAGAAAUUGAUUAUUUAGAGGAUUUAAAUUCACAAAUCAACGACUGCGAGUCAGUUCAUCAUAACACAUUUCAGAGAAUCUGCAAAACAAUUGACUCUCAACCGUGUUUGAAAAUACCGAUAAUUUCAUCAAUAUACAAGUAUAUAUGCAAGAGGAUCAUUUAUUUCCACAGCUUAAGAAAAACGUGGUGGCUGUAUUUCAGGUUGAGACUUAGGUCAAAUUUGAGGUACACAUACGCCUGUUUAAAGUGUGAUUACUCAUCAACCUUAUCUCACCAAAGCUCGAUCUUCAAAGCAAUGACUACCGUGUUUUGGCCAUACGUUUCUUCCAAAGUAGGGUUGUUACUUUCACCAAUAUUAUGUAAGCAACUACCAAUGUUCAACGCAUUGUCUCUGGAGAGGAAAAUCCUAGUUGCUAAUAUCGUGGGUCUAGUGAUUGUUGCUAUAUGUAAGGAAUUUGUCGAUCUUUACCUUGCUAAGAAGAAAGUUAGUCAAAUGCAACAAAUCGAACCACUAAAUCUAAAGAACGGGAAGUCUUUGAAUGAGCUAGCGUGGACAUUUCUUGGAGCAGCGGCCUCUAGUGGCUUAAAUACAGGGAUCUCUGAUAAUGAUGAUGUUACAGAAGAGAUAUUCAAUCAAUUGAGCGAAGAGGAUUCAGAUAGCGGAAGAACGUUUCAACAAUUAGUCGAGACAGUGCUGCGCAGUAACAAUAAUACUAACUUCCCUGGUAACUUUCCGCCAUAG